AUGACUCAAACCUCUAAAAAUGAUACUUUUUUAAAACAAUAUCAGAUUGAAUUUUUUCCUCAUGAUUCAUUUGAAACAUUUGAAAUUUAUAACUCAGAGUUUUCUAGUGAUAGUCAUAAAGCUUUCUCGACAAAGUAUGAUAAACCCAUUUUUUUAAAUAAAAUUACUUUUUCUCAAAAAUACUCAAUAGAAAAUUUUGCCAAUGAUCUCAAACAAUACCAAAAAGUAGAACAACAUGAAAACAUUUUAAAAUUCAUAGCUGUUUUGAAGCAAAGUAUAAGUGAAGUUAUAUUUGCUCAUGAAUUUGCAUGUGAUGGAACCCUUCGUCAAUAUUUAAAGCAAAACUUUAAUAAAAUUAAUUGGAUUGAUAAGUUAUGCCUUGCAAAACAGCUUGUUAGUGCUAUAAAUUAUUGUCAUGAAAACGACAUAAUUCAUACGAACUUGAAUUCCGAAACAAUAUUUGUUCACAAAGGAGAUAUCAAA